GUUUGAUGUUUGGGAAUUUUGUUGAAUCGUAGAGCUUGCUUGCUUUACUGGAGUAGUAUUUCUGUGAGCUGAAAGCUGUUUUGGCAUGCCACCGUUCUCUAGUCUCGGCGGAUGCGGACCUAUUCUUCUGCAACAGAGAGUAAUGAACAGCUCCACUCAAACCCUCCUCAAAACCCUCUUGGCGAACCCAUCUGCCAUCAAAACUGAGUCCCAGGCCACGCAAUUACAUGCCCUAAUCGUCAAAACCAGACGCUCUUCUUCUCUGUGUCUCGCCACCCUUCUUUCUGUCUAUACCAAUUUCAACCUCUUAGAAGAAUCCCUCUCGCUCUUUCACUCCCUCCCUUCACCGCCCCCCAAAGCCUGGAAAUCCCUCAUCAAAUGCUACACUUCAAAUGGCUUUUUCUACGAAUCUUUGCAUUCUUUUGUCGAGAUGAGAGCUUCAGGGAAGUACCCGGACCGGAACGUGUUCCCUUCAGUGCUUAAAGCGUGCACCCAUUUGCGUGAUUUGAGGUUCGGUGAGUCCGUUCAUGGGUUUGUUUUGAGGUAUGGGCUCGAUUACGAUCUCUACACUGGUAAUGCACUGAUGAACAUGUAUGUCAAAUUACAGGGUUCGGAUGACCUGAACCUGUUCGAUGAAACUCUCCAAACAAGUGAACUCGAUGCAUUUGAGAAAGCUUCUCUGGCUAAUAACGGUAUGUUUUCAUUAACUCGGGAUUCAAAGAGCAAUAUAGAUGAGGCUGUGAAAGUCCCUGGUUUGGAUUCCAUUAGUAGAGAUGGAGAGGAGAGAGUAUGGAAAUCUUUAAAAGUUGAUAGUGUUAGGAAAUUGUUCGAGAUGAUGCCAAAUAGGGAUAUUGUUACAUGGAACACAAUCAUUGUGGGUACUGUACAAGGUAGGAUGUAUGUCGAAGCUCUAGAGAUGGUUAGGGAGAUGAGAAACUCUAAUUUGAAGCCCAAUAGUUUCACUUUGUCCAGCAUCCUUCCCAUUGUUGCUGAACAAGUGGAUGCCUUGAAGGGAAAAGAAAUUCACAGUUACUCAAUCAGGCACGAGCUUGACAGAGACGCGUUUAUUGGGAGUAGUUUGAUUGAUAUGUAUGCGAAUUGCACCCUGGUGGAAGACGCAUACAGGGUUUUCACACUCUUAGCGGAAAAGGAUGACGUUUCAUGGAAUUCAAUGAUCUCAGGAUUCAUACAAAAUGGUAAUUUCGAUGAAGGGCUGAAGUUGUUUAGGGAGAUGCUAGCUGCUAAUAUAAAGCCUCUGCCAGUCUCUUUCUCAAGUAUAAUUCCUGCAUGUGCUCAUUUGACAACACUCCAUUUGGGAAAGGAACUCCAUGCUCACAUAACCAGAACCGCAUUCGCUGAUAACAUGUACAUUUCUAGCUCUCUGGUUGACAUGUAUGCAAAAUGUGGAAAAAUACAGACAGCUCGCCGGAUUUUUGAUGACAUGGUAUUACACGAUUCAGUUUCUUGGACAUCCAUGAUUAUGGGCUAUGCACUUCACGGACAUGCACAUGAUGCUGUCAUCUUAUUUGAGAAGAUGGUGAUAGAUGGUGUGAAGCCUAACUCUGUUGCCUAUGUAGCUGUUUUGACUGCUUGCAGCCAUGGCGGUUUGAUAGAAGAGGGCUGGAAACAUUUCAAAAGUAUGAGCCAAAAAUAUGGGAUUGCCCCUGGGAUUGAGCACUGUGCUGCCAUUGCAGACCUUUUCGGCCGAGCUGGAAGGCUACUGGAAGCAUACGAGUUUGUCUCCAAUAUGCAUAUCAAGCCAACAGGGAGUGUUUGGUCUGCUCUGUUGUCAGCUUGCCGUGUUCACAAAAAUGUCGAGCUUGCUGAAAAAGUUUCCCAUGAAAUAACCAAAGUGGAUCCUGAUAAUAUGGGUCCCUAUGUCCUCUUGUCAAAUAUGUAUUCAAUUGCAGGACGCUGGAAAGAUGCUUCGAAACUUAGAACCAAUAUGAAAAAGAAGGGAAUGAGGAAGACACCAGCUUGCAGUUGGGUUGAAGUUAAGAACAAGGUACACGCUUUUGUCGCAGGGGACAAAUCACAUCCUCAAUAUAAUCAGAUAGAAACAGAACUGAGAAACAUUUCAAAGCGACUGAAGGUAGAAGGAUAUGUUCCUGAGACGAGUGAGGCAUUGCAUGAUGUUGAUGAAGAACAAAAACAUGAUCUGUUUUUUGCUCAUAGUGAACGGAUUGCAAUAGCAUUUGCAAUCAUUAAUACUCCUGCUGGAACAAGCAUCCGGGUGACCAAGAAUCUUCGGGUAUGUGUGGACUGUCACACAGUCACUAAGUUGAUAUCCAAGAUUAUGAGGAGAGAAAUAGUUGUUAGAGACAAUAACAGAUAUCACCAUUUCAAAGGCGGGGAUUGUUCAUGUGGAGAUUAUUGGUGAAAAAACUACUGACUGAGUAUCUAAUAACUUUGAGAUGUGGGGUUCAAAAGCUUCAUGCAAUUGGGAAACCCCAUAAGGUCAUAUCUAGCUAGCUGCUAUCCAUCUGUGAAGCUUCAAUGAUAUUUCAAGCAGUGGAAUCAACAAGCCAAUGUACAAGAUCCAGAUGAGGAUCUUCUGCUCAUAGACCUUUGGAUUACAGCUCGUCAUUUUUCUUUGUUGACUUACUUCUGGAGGACUGUAGGACAAGUGAAAAGAAGUUGAGGUCAUAAAACCAAGGUUUACUCAGUUCCUACUUUGACGAAUUUGAUGUCACGAGAUGAAACCUCAGCAGUUGACAAUGAUGUUCAAAAGUCUCGCCAUUUUCUUUGUUGACUUACUUCUGGAGUAGGACAAGUGAAAAGAAGUUGAGGUCAUAAAACUAAGGUUUACUCUGGAUUGUGGUGAAUAAGAUAAAAGUCCAGAUUGUUGCCUAGCUGCUCCAAUCUUCUUGAAGCUGAAGAGGGUUCUUGAGAUUGUUGGAGCAAAGCCAUUAGUGCAUUGUAUUGAUCCUUUGAGAAAGUGAAAGCAUUCUGGUUGUUGACCUCUCUUCCUGAGCAAGAGAAAUUGGAGCAAGAGAAAAUGAACCAGCAGCAUUUGCAAAAAGCUUGAAAUUUGUGAUGGCAAUCUUGUUGUUUGUUUUGUAACCAGGGGGAAACCAUAGAUAUGUAAGCAUGUAUCUAUAGUAUGAUUCUUCUUUUUUCACUUGGUGCAGAAUUUGUUAUUUUUGCCACUACUUCUCAUUUUACCAGAACGAUUACCACGAUUAUUAGUGAGUCCACCUCUUGGAGUAAAACCUGUUCUACCAGAAUUGUCAAUGAAAGUGGCAAGAGCAACAGGUUCUUGUGAUAUUGGAGUAGAUUGAUAUCAAGGAAAAAGUACGAGUUAGGCUUGGCAUUGAACCCUAAGCAUAACCCGAGAGUGAACCUGGGAAUAUUCUUCAUCAAGACUUCUUAGAAACUUGAUAAUGCAGUCAUCUCUCUUUCCUUUUGAAUUUUGGUCAUGAUUCCACAAGAACAAGUAGUUGUACAAGAGAAAACAAGAACUGUUCUAUACAUGGAUGUUUCCUUCCAUAGAGUUUGCAAAUGAGUAAAAUAUUGCGAAACAUUAAGAUUACCUUGUCGACGAUUCUGUAAUUCUUCUAGCAAAUCAGCAAAUUUGAAACUUGUCACCAUGAGAAAAUUGAUUGCAUAAGUCACGCCAGAUCUUUGAACCAAAUUCAUUCCACAUGAUAGAUUGCCAAAUCAAAGUAGUCAACGAGCAGUUGAGCCAUGACAUAACCAUUUUGUUACAUUGACCUCAUGCUUUGUGAUCUGUGAAGAGGAUCUGACGCUGGUGGACUGUGGACAUGAUGAAGACAUGAAGUACAGAGAACAAAUUGAUCUUUUUUCUUUGUUUCAAGUCCAACAAGCAUGUCAUGUUUCCAUUGGGGAAAAUUGUUUUCUGCAAGCAGUGUUGUGAUGAGGAUUCGUUGGAUUCACUAGAUGAUCUGUGAGCGGCGAGUGCCAUUGUUAAGAAAAAAAUGGAGAAGUACGUUUUAGUGAAGUAAAACUUGAUAUGAACUAUGAAGGUGUGAGUUUGUGUUUUCUCUCUGAUACCAUAUUAGCUAUUACUCCG